GCAUGCGCUUUGUUGCAGAGGCUAGACGCCAGUCUGCUUUGUUGGGACCAUCAAUGCUACGACUUUCGGAGAGUCAGCUCCGAAUUGCAAGAGAUUCAGGGGGAUAUUUACAGCAUUUUCCGGUUAUUAGCCAUUUUUAGCUUGUUUUAAAUUCACAGUCAGCGCUUUUGUCGCCUUGUGUACGCUUCAGACAACAGAAGUGAGGAGCCCCUGUAUAUAAACAAAACGCAGCGAGCUGCUUUUUUUUUAAGGUGGCACGUCAGAGACAGCUGUAACAACAAUACUCAUCCGAUCCUCGUUUGUUAAGUUAGCUAACUUCGUGUUGGCGGCGUUGUUAGCGAUGGACAUCACCAUACAGCUUUGUUAGGAGUUAAACUCCAAAACGUGUGCGUGCGAACAUGAGAGAAGAGGACAGUUUGUUGUCAGGAAGGCAGCCCAUGGCAAGUGAAAGAGGGGGUGAACGUCCCUGCUGCUGCCCCUACUUGACAGAGGAGAAAGGAGCACUUGCUGUCCAGAAGAGUGACCUGAGGCCUCCUGGUCAUUUGUCCGCCUAGAAAAUCUGACUUUGGCACGAUAUGGAGACGGUGGGGAAAUUUGAGUUCAGUAGGAAGGACCUGAUAGGACAUGGCGCAUUUGCUGUCGUCUUCAAAGGCAGACACCGAGAGAAACAUGACUGGGAGGUGGCAGUGAAGUGCAUCAACAAGAAGAACUUGGCCAAAUCCCAGACACUGUUGGGGAAAGAGAUCAAAAUAUUAAAGGAACUGAAACAUGAGAACAUCGUUGCAUUACUGGACUUUCAGGAAACUGCCAGCUCAGUGUACCUGGUAAUGGAGUACUGCAAUGGGGGCGACCUUGCGGACUACUUACACUCCAAAGGCACCCUGAGUGAGGACACUAUUCGGGUUUUUCUGCAGCAGAUUGCAGGGGCCAUGAGGGUCCUACAGGGCAAAGGCAUAAUCCACAGGGACCUCAAGCCCCAGAACAUUCUGCUCUCCUACCCACCAGGACGCAAGUCACACUCUAACAACACCUGCAUCAAGAUUGCGGACUUUGGCUUUGCCAGGUACCUUCAGAACAACAUGAUGGCAGCAACACUCUGUGGGUCCCCUAUGUACAUGGCUCCUGAGGUCAUUAUGUCCCAAAACUAUGAUGCCAAGGCUGACUUGUGGAGUAUAGGAACCAUAGUGUUUCAGUGCCUGACUGGGAAGGCUCCUUUUCAGGCUAGCAGUCCCCAGGAACUCCGGCUGUUCUAUGAAAAACACAAGACCCUCAGCCCAAACAUCCCCAGAGAGACGUCAAGCCAUCUGAGGCACCUGCUGCUGGGUCUGCUGCAGCGCAACCACAAGGACCGCAUGGACUUUGAUGAGUUUUUUUGUCAUCCUUUCCUGGAGGCUAGCUCAUCCAUGAAAAAGACAACGCCUACUGUGUCCAUGACCUGCUUCCCAAGCUCUGCAUCAGCCAGCUCUUGUAGCAGCUCUUCCACCUCUCACCUCGCCUCACCACCGCAGUCUCUUGCUGAGGUUCAGCAUUUGCGUGCCAAAGCUCUGGCCUCCCCUACCCAGGAGGCCACUGGUUUUCUCCUCAAGGACUCGUCUGGAGGGGGCGGCAGCAGCAAGAACUCCUCCUCCUGUGACACAGAUGACUUUGUCAUGGUGCCUGCUCAAUUCACCACAGGUGAGCUGACAUGUGAGGGUAAAGUGCUGCAGGACAGCCUGAUGAACAGCGGCUCUCUUCUGGCUUCUGCUGGUCUGUGUAGCCAAGUCAAAAGUCCUCCACACUCACCUUCCUGCAGUGGGUCUCCAAGUCCUCUCAGACCCAGUGAGUUCUUGGGAAGUAACUAUAUUGGUAGUGAUGGAAACCAUGGUCAGUCAUUGCCUAUCCCAGUCCCCACCCAGGUCCAGAACUACCAGCGCAUGGAGCAGAACCUCCAUUCUACCAAACAGGAUUGCUCACCACGGAUAUCGACACCAGUGCGUCGUUGCAGCAGUGGAAGCUUGCUGGGCUUUGCUCGGACCGGGCCUUCACCCCCAUACGGGCAAGGAACAGUCACCACCAAUCGCAGGCUUUCUCUGGGAGGUGCCAGACCUUUUCAGCUCUCCCCUCAAGCUCCUCAGCAUAUUGAACCUCGGCCGACUUCUCAGCAACACCCACAGACGACAGGACUGGGCACACGGACAGGACUGGGCACACGGCUCCACAGUGCCCCCUGUUUGUUGGAGUGUGCCAGUGGUGGUGUCCAGCAAAAGAUCAGGAAGCAGCACUCAGACCCGGUGGUGGCACCCUCAACAGGCCUGAUGACUGUCCGCCCUCUACACUCGUCCCCCAGACUCAGUGAGCUGAUGCAGCGUAGCCCCCUCCCCACCAUCCUGGGCUCCCCUUCCAGGGCCAUCCCUCCUUUUGAAUUCCCCAAGCCUCCAAGCUCUACGAACCUCGUGACCUUCCUGACACAACAGGGUUUGAUCAUCGGCUCCCCGUGCAGCAGGACUGUCCCAGCAGAGCCCAGAGACGCAGGACAACAAGCGCUUGCACAGGUCACCCAGCCUGCCCACUGCAUCCACAGACUGAAUGAUGAUACCAAGGGCUUUGGAAGGUCUCAGAGUGCAGGUCGUCUGUCUGACAUGCUGCUGAUGGCUGCAUUUGGACCAGGUGGACCUGUGGGUGACCGAGGCAGCACAGAGAACCUGACCUCUGAAAAAGCCAUAGACAUAACAGUGCCCCCCGGUGGUGGGGGAGUCCUUGCACCCGGCUCCAUCAGCCCAGCACAGGUGGUUUUCACUGUGGGCUCUCCUCCCAGUGGCAGCACCCCACCUCAUGCAGCCAGACAGAGGAAAUACUCAGGCUCCUUCACUUCCGUCAGCCCCGCAGGCUCCUUCACAAGCCGCUACCCCCAGACAGGAACCUAUCUGGAUGGCUUUGAGGCUCCUUCCAGUCCUCGCUACAGUUUCACAGAUCCUAUCACAGCCAACAUGGGUGGUCAUGUAACCUUCGAGGCUCCUGAGCUGCCCGAGGAGACGCUGAUGGAGCAGGAGCAUACAGACACUGUGCAAAGCCUGCGUUUCACGUUGGAUUUCGCCCGCUGUCUGAUGGAGGUGGCUGGAGCCCGUGGGGUCGCGGUGUGCGGGGAGCAGGGGGACAUUUCUCAUCCCUCCCUCCUUCAGCAGCAGAGCCUGGUAGCAGAUCAGAUAAGCUCACUGAGCCGAGAGUGGAGUCAUGCAGAACAGCUGGUUCUCUUCCUGAAGACUGCAGAACUCUUGUCCACUGCCUUACACACAGCCAUGGAGCGAGUUAAACAGGGCAAACUCUACCCAUCGUCUACAGUCAAACAAAUAGUGAGGAGGCUGAAUGAGCUGUACAAGUCCAGUGUGGCGUCCUGUCGCUCACUCAGCACCCGCCUGGAGCGCUUCUUUUCCAGGAAGCAUCGUCUAAUGGACCAAAUCACCUCCAUCACAGCUGAGCGGCUGCUUUUCAGCCACACUGUGCAGAUGGUUCAGACUGCUGCGCUGGACGAGAUGUUCCACCAGGGGGAAGCAUCAGUCUUGCGCUACCAUAAAGCUCUCCUGCUGAUGGAGGGCCUGUCUCUGCUGCUCACUGAACAGGACGACAUCCUCAGUGUUAGCAAAUGUAAGGAGUGCAUUGAACGGCGCCUCACAGCUUUGCAGUCAGGACUCUGUGUUUGAGAGCCCUCCACUGCUUCUUGGACUGUGCAUAUGAUGUCAUUUGCACCCUGCACAUCACCAAUGAACCAAACCUCAUGGUCUUCACUUAGGAAUGCUUUAGUUUUCACAAGAAAACCACAAGGCUUUAGUUUUCACUGAACCUUAAGGGUUUGUGCUUUUUAAAUGGCCAUUCAUCUCAAGUUUGGGACAGUGGUAGUGACUUCCCUGCCACUAAACUUGUACCAGUGUUGGACAUGAAGCACUUGUGCUGUGCAAGAAUGUCUGCGCUCUAAACUAUGUGAGAGGACUUAGCUUCUGGCACUGAAAUGGUAGAACCCCCUUCACUAGGCGUAACACCUGCAGGAGCAAUUAUUCCUAAGUAGUCACAUACCCACAUACAUUACUUAUCUAAACAUAAACAGAUAGCGUUUUAUGAUGGACAAAUAUUCGUGCUACGAAUUUGCAAUAGGCUUUAUAGACAAAAUGUUAUCUUUUACCAAGAUCAGUAGCUGGAUGGAAAGCACAGUAUCUGCUGUACACCUACAUAUACAGUAAGGACGUGUUCUGAUGAAGAUAGGGAACGGCCAAGUAUCAUUCUCAUCAAACGUGUGUUUGUCUUAUACCCCUUAUUUGCUUUCCUGGGUUUAUUUUUAUGGUAUUUAUCUAAUUGUUACUUGCUCUGCUGAAGGAAAAUUUAAAUAGCAAUGCUACAGUGGGUGGCUAGAAGCACAUACAAGCACUAUUACAAAACUGUUGCCCAAAUGACUUGUGUUACGUUUUAUUUUAGACUCACUGCAGGUAAAAAAAAAAACUCUGUUUAAUCAUUGAAACAAUAAUGUAAUAGGGAUUUUUUUUUUUUAAUGGCAGCACCAACA